ACAGACAUAACAGUAGGAGUGAUCUAAACCUUCUACACGCAAACAUAUCGCCGAAUGCACUGUUGAGCAGACAAAAAGAUUCGCGUUAGAUACAUUUUAAAGUGGAUUUCUGUAAUCAGCCAUGGAAGAACUCACGGCGUUCGUGUCGAAAUCAUUCGAUCAGAAAAGCAAGGAGAGCAGCAAAGAGAGCAUCACGUACAGGGAAGUUUUGGAGAGUGGUUUAGCCCGAGCCAGAGAGCUGGGAAACUCGGAGACCAACCUUCAGGAGAUUACAGAAACCAACAACAACCAUUGUCCGGUACACCUUUACAAGGAGCACGUAGAGCUGGAAAAGGAGAAACUGAAGGAGUUUAACGUGACACGGGCUACUGACGGAAUUUAUGACUGCAAAGACAAGAAGGAGGACGUGAAAUCAGAGGACGAGGACGCACAGAGUAAACUGAAGCAGAGACGGAGCAGGACAAAUUUUACCUUAGAGCAGCUGAAUGAACUGGAGCGCUUAUUUGAUGAGACGCAUUACCCAGACGCCUUCAUGCGCGAGGAGUUGAGUCAGAGGCUGGGGCUGUCAGAGGCCCGCGUGCAGGUAUGGUUUCAGAACAGAAGAGCGAAAUGCCGAAAACAGGAAAAUCAAAUGCACAAAGGUGUUAUUUUGGGCACCGCGAGUCACCUGGACGCGUGCAGGGUCGCUCCUUACGUCAAUAUGGGCGCACUCAGAAUGCCAUUUCAACAGGUCCAAGCUCAGCUACAGUUGGAAGGGGUCGGAACACACUCCCAUCCUCACCUGCACCCACACCUCGCAGCCCACGCUCCCUAUCUGAUGUUCCCGCCCCCACCCUUUGGAUUACCAAUCGCGUCGCUGGCAGACUCGGCCUCUGCGGCGGCAGCCGUGGUAGCAGCUGCCAAGAGCAAUAGCAAGAACUCCAGCAUCGCUGACCUGCGACUCAAGGCAGGACUUCUUGGAGGCCACUGGCUCAGCCCUUUCCAGGCACAGAUCACAGCCCCAGGACCAUACAAAAAUGUCUGGAUGUCUGUCUGAGAACCAGCGUUUAGGAGAGAAGACUUUUAAAAAAAAAGCAAAAGGCAGACACAGAGUGAGGCUAGAGGUUGUGUUUUUACGGACAGACACUGAAACUUUGGAAUCUCAACCUCAAAGUGAAAAGAAAGAGACGGCCAUAUUUGCCUCCUACCACUGUGCCGCUGCCUAGUGCACGUGCUCAAUUGAAGGAUAGACCUAUUGGGGCUGGCCUCCAUUGUAACUGACAUACAUCUGUGUUGAUCACUGCCAUGAUAACCCUCCACUACAAUUCAUAUCUAAAGCCGUUAUUUGCAUUUUUGCAUUUUUGUUUUUCAUUGUUCAUUCUGCUGUGGACAAAGACUGGAAACAGCAAUAACAUCGAUGGUACAAUCGCCUGCUUUUUAGUGGAAUUUUUAUGAUUCUUUCUGUUUUGGGAGGAAAUGUUGCAUUGCUGUUAUUUCCUUCUGGGCAUGUGUAUGGACUUUAGCUUUCAUUCUCAUAAUUUGUGCUCUCUUCUUUUUUAUGUGAUGUGUCCUGGAAUAGAAGUGAACCUAGCUUUUGCACUUCAGGUCUUGUAUUAAGGUUUUAAGAUCCUCAAUGCAACAUAUACUUCUUUUAUGUAAGGGGAAAACAAAUUUGGCUUUCGUUUUGCUGAAAUACAUUGAAAUGACUUGUUUUUGUUUGUUUCAAAAAGGAUAAACAGUAACUGCAACUUUGUAAUUUAACAUUUUAAGAAACAUCAGUUUAACUGAAAUGCAAUUAUAUGCAGUUAAGUGCAAUACUGUAAAUAUGGAAAACGUAAUAUAGCGUUUGAUGUUUGCUAAUUAAACGAUGAUUUUUAAGUUGUU